AUGGCAUCGAAAGACCAGCAACAUGUUGAAAAUGGCGCCACGACACCGAAACAGGUCUUCUUUUUCGACAUAGACAACUGCUUAUACCCGAAGAGCGCCAAGGUCCAUGAUCUCAUGGCAGAUCUGAUAGACACCUACUUCCAGAAGCACCUCAACCUACCCAAGGAAGAGGCAGUGAGGCUGCACCAAGAGUACUAUACGAACUAUGGACUAGCCAUCGAGGGUCUCGUCCGACAUCACCAGAUUGAUCCUCUGGAGUACAACGCCAAAGUCGACGAUGCUCUGCCCCUGGACGGCGUCAUCAAGCCACGGCCGGAGCUCAAGAAGCUGCUUGAGGACAUCGACAGGAGCAAGGUCAGGCUGUGGCUCUUCACCAACGCCUACAUCAAUCAUGCCCACAGGGUCAUCCGCCUCCUCGGGAUCGAGGACAUAUUCGAGGGCGUGACGUACUGCGACUAUUCCAAGGUCCCGUUUGUGUGCAAGCCACAAAAAGAUGCGUAUGUGAAGGCAAUGAAGGAGGCCCGAGUCGAGAAGUGGGAGGACUGCUUCUUCGUUGAUGACAAUUAUGGCAACUGCGUCAAGGCCCAGGAAUUCGGAUGGAACACAGUACACCUUGUUGAAGACGAUGUCCCAAUUCCCAAGAAGCAGGCUUCAAAGUACCAAAUACGACACCUAGAGGAGCUGAGGACUAUUUUCCCACAGUUUUUCAAGAAGGCUUAG